CUAAGGUCACGUGCCCAGUAGCGACAGCGCUGUUCACGUUGAACACUUUAUCGCGAGAUUUCGCUCCUUCCUUUUCCCUUUUCGUCCUGAAUCUAAGAUGGGUAUCGACAUCAGGCACAACAAGGACCGCAAGGUCCACAGGAAGGAGCCCAAGAGCCAGGAUAUCUACCUGAGACUCCUGGUCAAGUUGUACAGGUUCCUGGCCCGUCGUUCUAAUGCUCCAUUCAACAAAGUCAUCCUUAGGAGGCUCUUCAUGAGCAAGACCAACCGCCCACCUCUGGCUCUCUCUCGCUUGAUCCGCAAGAUGAAGCUUCCUGGUCGCGAAAACCAGACUGCCGUCGUUGUGGGAACUGUGACUGAUGAUGUCAGGAUUCAGGAUGUCCCCAAGCUGAAGCUGUGUGCUCUGAAGGUGACUUCUGGAGCUCGUCGCAGAAUUCUCAAGGCAGGUGGACAGAUCAUGACUUUUGAUCAGCUAGCACUAGCUGCCCCCAAAGGACAGGGCACCGUGCUUUUGUCAGGACCCCGCAAGGGCAGAGAGGUGUACAGGCACUUCGGAAAGGCCCCAGGAACUCCCCACAGCCACACCAAGCCCUACGUGCGUUCCAAAGGCAGGAAGUUCGAGCGUGCCCGUGGACGCAGAGCCAGUCGUGGUUACAAGAACUAAAGAUGUCGUCUGUUUUGUAUUGGUCAGUCUGAUGCAAAUAAAGAUUGGCUACUAAAAAUCA